AUGUCUAUUGUACCCCAUUUGGAAAACUUAUCAUUCUAUUCAAACGAAAAAGCUCAGAAGAUUAGGUACACAAACCUAGCAUCUCGAUUCUAUGAAGAUUUUCCCUCCACUGAGAUCGAGUUCUUUGCUCGUUCUCCUGGGAGAGUAAACAUUAUUGGUGAUCAUAUUGAUUACAACUUUUUCCCAGUCUUUCCUAUGGCCAUUGAAGUUGACGUUGUUGUUGCUGUUUCGACAAAUGAUUCCAAUGAGAUUGUCAUUACCAAUACAAAACUGGAUGAGUUUCCGCGCGAAACUAUUCAAUUGCCAUCAAGCGAUAAUGAGGUUACAAUGAACCCCAAUCAUGGAUGGGCCAAUUAUUUCAGGUGUGCAUUGAUUGUCGCGCAUAAAUUCCUUUUGGAUACCCAGACAAAGAUAUCGCUAAAGGGAAUGAAAAUGUGCUUUGAUGGUACUGUGCCAACGGGAGGUGGAUUAUCUUCAUCUGCCGCGUUCUGUGUUGCGUCAACUUUAGCAAUCUUGUAUGCUAGUGGUAUAACUCAAUUGAGCAAAUCAGACUUGACUAGAAUCACUGUUGUUUCAGAACAUUACAUUGGGUUAAACAAUGGUGGAAUGGAUCAAUGUGCUUCUGUUAAUGGUAUGCCCGGUCAUGCCAUGGCGAUCCACUUCAAACCUGAAUUAAAAGCGUUGCCAUGUAAAUUUCCGGUUAAAAGCUUGACUUUUUUAAUCACCAAUAGUUUGCAAGUGUCCAACAAACAUGACACUGCACCUAUUCAUUACAACUUGAGAGUUGUUGAAAUGGCAAUUGCCAGCGAUAUCUUAGCAAAGAAAUUAGACGUUGACGCAGCUAAAGAUUCCAAUUUGGGCACCAGUUCAUUAAGAAGCGUUAUGGAAGCUUAUUGUGGGAAAUGGGAUGGAGAUGAUAUUGAUGUUGGUAUCAGUAAUAUUCAGCAAAUGAUUGAUGCUGUUGAAGCUUUGCAAAGGGAAGGAUAUACUACUGAUGAAGUAUGUCGAGAAUUGUCAAUCACGCAAGAAGAGCUCAAUUUGAGGUAUUUUACCAAAUUCCCAGUUAAGUUUGAUAAGUUGAAAUUGUAUCAAAGAAGCAAACACGUUUAUCAUGAAUCAUUAAGAGUCUUGUUGUCGUUGAAAUUAUUGCAAGAUCGGCCAACUUUGGAAUCUCAAUUUCUUAUGCAGUUUGGUCAGUUGAUGAAUGACUCACAAGAGGACUUGGACAAGUUGAACGAAUCUUCCAACGCCAAAUUGAAUGAGAUUUGCAGCAUUGCAUUACAGAAUGGGUCAUUUGGCUCAAGAGUUACCGGUGCCGGUUGGGGUGGUUCAAUUGUUCAUUUAACCACCAUCGAUAAAGUACCUACAUUAACUCAAGUACUAACCGAUCUUUACUAUAAACGAGAAUUUCCCGCGAUCAAUGAGUUAGAGUUGAAAGAAGCAAUAAUUGAUAGUCAGCCUGCAAUGGGAAGCUGCAUCGUUAGUACAAAAAUUCUUCAAUAA